AUGGAUAAAAUUGCUUUCACGCCAAACAAGAAACUUACCGUCAAUUCGUGGCCCACGCUCGGCCAGCUAAUUGAUAAUAAUAACAGACUUGUUGUCUUCAUGGAUUACCCCGAAAAGCCUAGGCGCGAGAAGUGGAUUAUGGACUGGUUCAGCUACUCCUGGGAGACACCAUAUGGCGAACUGGACAGCAACUUCCCUCACUGCAAGCGCGACCGGCCACAACGGGACAUCGAUGAAUCAAAGUAUAUGUACCUGAUCAACCAUGUCUGGAACAUAGCCAUGGGUGCGAGGUUUGAGGGAGAGACUGUCAAGAUUCCCACCAGACUCGCGGCAAAUAUUACCAACUCGAUGGACUCAAUCAGUCGACAAGUCAAGCUUUGCAAGGCGAAGUGGGGAAAGAUACCCAACGUCAUUCUGCUCGACUUCAUUGAUGAUGGGGACGCCAUCAAGGCGCAAGAUCAUUUCAACUCUUGA